AUCUGAAGUGUUUGUCUUAACGGCGAGCAUCAGAGGAACUGUGAGUUUUCAUCUAUUGAUCAGCGGCUCUGCUGGGAACCAAUCAGCUUCCUGCGUGUAAGUGAAUUAAACUGUGUGUGUGGCCCCCCAGGGCUUAAUGAAAGAGGAGGUUACAUCUGGGGCUGUGAGGGGCCGAUCGAUGAGAGGGAGGGAGAGAGAGAGGGGGAGGAGAGAGAGGGGGAGUCGGCGUGAGCAGCAGAAACGCUCUCUCCUCCUCACGCUUCACAUCAGAGGGAGCAGAGACAACAGGAAGUGAGGAAGAGCAGGAAAAUGGACAUAAAGGCAGAAAAACGACUCCAGAGCUUUGAUUUUGGACUUUUGUGAGAAAAUCAAACCUUUACGGAGACGUAACCAUCGACGCCCGAAGAGACACUUUAUUUACUUUUUUCGCUAAGACAACAAACAAACAAACCUCCAGAAUGACGGUGUUUUGCUCCGUGAUGCAGGUAACCCUCGGGGUCGUCAUGGCGUCGAUGGUCGCCCGGGGGGGUGGAGCGCGGGUGGUGAGCGGUCAGACGUUGUGUUUGGGUGGUCCAGAGCAUCCCUGCUAUAAGAUUGCAUAUUUCCAUGACGUUAAGAGCCGUGUCGCCUUCCAAGAGGCAAAUCAGGCCUGCAAGAUGGACAGCGGGUCACUGCUUAGCAUCGAGAGCCCGGACGAGCAGAGAGACAUCGAAAACCUGCUGCAGGAGCUGCGUUCAGGAGCAGUGGGUGGAGCAGGGGGAGGUAUAGCAGAUGGUGAUUUCUGGAUCGGUCUGACUCGGAGGGACGGAGUCGAUCACACUGAACUUAGCAACACCUUCACUUCCUGUCCACAGCUCUACUACUGGACCGACGGCAGUCUAGCCCCCUUCAGGAACUGGUAUUUCGACGAGCCGUCCUGCGGAGGAGAGGCCUGCGUUGUGAUGUACCAUCAGCCAACUGCACUUCCUGGUCUGGGCGGGGCUUAUCUCUACCAAUGGAACGACGACCGCUGCAACAUGAAACACAAUUUCAUCUGCAAAUAUGAACCAGAGAGCCAUCUUAUGAAGAAACAGGGUGACACACCUGGAGGGCGAGGCACAGAGGCGACAGCAAGCGGAGGUGUGGUCAAACAGUCUGCAGGCAGUGAGGAGGUUCCCCCUCAGGUCACCAUGGCUGGGGCUUCAGGCAUGGUCCUGGUGUACGUGAUCAUCCCCACAAUCCCCCUGCUGCUGCUCAUCCUGGUGGCUUCUGGGACAUGUUGUUUUCAGAUGCUCAGUAGAAGCGCUCCCCGCUCCAAGACCACCGUCAACCAAUCAAACCUGUGGAUCUCCAGGACACCCAAACCGGAGAGCAUGGAGGUCUGACAUCACAGUGACAUCAUCGGCUGGCGGAGGGGCGACGUCACUUCGCUGUUAAACUAAUCAUCAUCAUCAUCAUCAUCGGUUGGUGUUGACGGACAGAUUCAGGAGCGGGCGGAGCUUUAAGAGGACAAUGAUGUCAGCGCAGAGGGUUUUUUUUCAUUUCUGGAGAUUUACUGCAGUUUAACGCUUAAGUACAAAUAGCUUGAAUACUGACCCACCUGAUUACUGUGUACUUAUACUGCGUCUCUACAGACAUGUUCUAGAGUACACACAUUACUGCACAUGUACAUUCUAAUACUCACCUGUACAGGUACUUCCCUCUGCUUCCUUUCCUCUCUUCCUAUUUUGUGGAUGCCUCCUUGCUUCCUUACCCUUCCCCUCCGGGUCUCCUUCUUUCCUUCCUGUUUCCCUCCUUCAUCUCGUUCUUCCUUUCCUCUCCUCUUACAGAGAACGCUUCACCCAUGUGUUUGAAGUUUAAUUGAUCGUGUACAGUUAAUGAAGUGGGAGUGAUCAGCAGCUGAGAGGGAAAUGAAGCGUCCUCGGGGGGGUGGAGACUCUGCAGGCGUGCGUUUGAUUUGUUAAUUUAAAAGAGCCGAGAUGAAAGAGAGGAAAGAGGCAGCACAUGAAGAUUCAUUUUGCAUCCCGUCUGAGCUGUUAAAAAGUGAUCGAUCGAAUCUGAAACAUGCUGAAUAUUUAAUCUCUAAAUUUAACGAUAAACAUCUCAGAAGUUUGUAAUGCUUCACUUUAACACUUAUUGAUCAUCUAUAAUCAGCAUAUAAACCUGUCAGCGGAGCUCCGCCUCCUGUAAACAGCUGUGUACAGAUUAUUACUGUUAUUAACCAGUUAUUACAUGUUUAUACGCUGACAAUCAAUAACAGAGUAAAAGUACUUCCUGUUUAUCUGCAGAGCUGCUUGUUCCCAGGCAACGUGAACACACCGUGAACUAAAACAUGCUUCUUUAAACUGCUCUCAGAUCAGCUGAGGAACCUGAUCACGUAGAACUGAUUUCUCGCCUUGUCUGUUCGGACCGAAUACUCACGGUUAGCCGAUGACUGCAGCUCGCUAAUUAAUAUUCGCUCUGUAGGUCGAUUGAAAGCUUCAGCUGGACCCUGAACACGUCACCAUGGAGUAGGUCAGCUCCAUCAGCAGAUAAUCCAGCACAACUUUGUGUCACCUUGUAACGCCCUGGGUGACCUUCAGCGUCUUUUUUGUACGUAUAGAGCUCCACGGUCAGGUUAGCAACAAUAAAUAUGCAACAAGUUGUGAAACGUCAAAAUUUGGUUAGUUUAGGCACCGAAACCAGUCGGGCAGAUUUUGGUAACGUUGCUUUCAAUAAGUAAUAUUCAGUGCUGACUUUUUGUUGUGCACGGUGGUCCAGCGUUUAACCCCAGAGCGGCGUGACGACAGAUUAACGAGCGUUUGACCCCAGAGCGGCGUGACGACAGAUUAACGAGCGUUUGACCCCAGAGCGGCGUGACGAGAGUUUAAACGCUCUUUCAUGUCGUGUGCUUCAUUUCUCUCUCAGAAUCCUGGCUGACCAAGAAAUAAACCCACCAAUCAGCCCAUUAACUCUGCCUGAUUAAUGCACCAAUACCAAAUUAAUGGGAUUUCACAUCGUUCCAAGUUGCUGUCACCAUGGAAACGCCAAUGUGUCAUCACAUGUAGUGGCGUUUGUGUUUGUACGUCUGACAAAGUAAUGAAUUAAAGUCUUUCUGUGAC